CUCCGUUCUCACUUCGACAUCUUCCAAAUUGCUCUAGACUAUCUUAACCACCACAAAGAAACGCUAGCAACCGAGACAAUGUCAUCCAACAACAACCAAUCCUCCAGCACUUCGAACAAGACCCCAAUGACGAAAUCAGACUCGCAGAGGAUUCAGUCCUCUCAGGCAACUAGCGGCAAGAACACAGGAUCCGGAUCGUUCGCCUCUCGUGCCCAGGCCGCCGGUGACAAGAACACCAAUUCAAGCUCGAGUGGCGGUCAGCAGCAAGGCAGCGGAUCGAAGUAA